ACUUCUCUUCCGUACCACUCCAAAGCCUUCUCUCUUCUUUCAUGACUCUCCCUCCCUCCCAUUGGACUCUGGCUCUCACUUCUAUUUAAUUCUCUCAGAUUUUCAUCAACCAAAAACCCUCUCCAGUCUCCGGCAUCGCCUCUAUGUGAAACACAGAGAGAGAGAGAGAGAGAGAGAGAGAUAGAGAGAGCAGAGAGCAGAGUAGAGGAUGAGAGAUAUGGCAGGACUGAGUGUAGUAUUGGAAGCCCAAAAGGGUGGCGUUAGCAAGAAGAUCCCGCAGGUUAUCAACAAAACCAACGUGUUUCUCAGCAAACCCUCUCCUUCUCUGCCUCCUUCCUCCCGUAAAAACCUCCAUUCUCCUUCUCCGGGACCCAGUUUCCUUGACCAAUGCUUUCUCUGCGACCAGAAACUCUUGCCCGGGAAAGACAUCUACAUGUACAAAGGGGACAGGGCUUUUUGUAGCGUGGAGUGCAGGUGCAGGCAGAUUUUCCUGGACGAGGAAGAGAGUCUUCGCAAAGACCACUGUUCAUUGGCUGCCAUGAAACCCACCUCUUCUUCGUCGUCUUCUUCUUCAUCUUCUUCCUCUGCGGCUCGUCACCACCGAAAAGGGGCAAGAAACCAAGCGGGUGGGUUUGCGUACUGAGAGAAAAAUUCUGCAACUGAGUAUGGGGUUUUUUCCGAAACUGUAUUCCAGUUUUUAACCUUGCUCCAUUUUGUAAUGACUUUGAUAUCCCUGUACGUCUUUUUGCUUGCUUCCUAGUAUGAAGCCAUAGAAAGUUGUUUUAACUUUUCCUAUUUGCCCAUAAACAAUGGUGGAGUAGGAUACAUACAUCUGUCAGUGCCCCUAGUUUGGCCUUUGGUUUCC